UUCCCCUCACUUCCCAGCGCCUUUUCCCCCUCACAAAAAGCUCCUUUCCCCUCACAAAAAGCUCCUUUCCCCUCACAAAUCGCGUCUCUCACCCUCCGCGGCGCUUCCCCCGCGGUCCCUCCCUCAGCCCGCCCCGGCGGGGGGCGCGGGCCGGGCCGGGCGGCGGCGGAGCGGGAGGAGGAGCAGCAGCAGCAGCGGGGCCGCUCCGCUCGCUCCCGGCGAGCCCAACAAAGGCGGCGGGGCCAUGGCGGGCCCCUCGCCCCGCUCGCAGCCGCCCUAAAGCCGCCGAGCACCGCCGCGAUGUGGCCGGGCCGCGGCGGGCGGCGCUGGGCGCUGGCGCUGGCCCUGGCGCUGGCGCUGGGCGGGCGCUGCCCCGCCGCCCUCAACGCCUCGGCCGGGCCGCCGCGCUGCCGCCGGCCCGCGCCCUGCGAGCGGCUCCGCUUCGGAGCCUGCCUGGGCUCGGCGCUGCCCUACGCCGCCACCUCCACGCUGCUGGCAGCCGACUCCGCCUCGCAGGAGGAGGCGCACGGGAAGCUGCUGCUCUGGUCCGGCCUGCGCAACGCCCCACGCUGCUGGGACGUCAUCCAGCCCCUGCUGUGCGCCGUGUACAUGCCCAAGUGCGAGGAUGGGCACGUGGAGCUGCCCAGCCAGACCCUGUGCCAGGCCACCCGGGCUCCCUGCACCAUCGUGGAGCGCGAGCGCGGCUGGCCCGACUUCCUCAAGUGCACCACCGACCGCUUCCCCGAGGGCUGCCCGAACGAGGUGCAGAACAUCAAGUUCAACAGCUCGGGGCAGUGCGAGGCGCCGCUGGUGAGGACGGACAACCCCAAGAGCUGGUACGAGGACGUGGAGGGCUGCGGCAUCCAGUGCCAGAACCCGCUCUUCACCGAGAAGGAGCACCGCGAGAUGCACGUCUACAUCGCCGCCUUCAGCUCCGUCACCAUCUUCUGCACCUUCUUCACCCUGGCCACUUUUGUUGCCGACUGGAGGAACUCCAACCGCUACCCGGCCGUCAUCCUGUUCUACGUCAACGCCUGCUUCUUCGUGGGCAGCAUCGGCUGGCUGGCGCAGUUCAUGGACGGCGCCCGCAAGGAGAUCGUGUGCCGCGCCGACGGCACCAUGCGCCUGGGAGAGCCCACCUCCAACGAGACGCUGUCCUGCGUCAUCAUCUUCGUCAUCGUGUACUACUCGCUGAUGUCGGGCGUCAUCUGGUUCGUCAUGCUCACCUACGCCUGGCACGCGUCCUUCAAGGCCCUGGGCACCACCUACCAGCCGCUGCUGGGCAAGACCUCCUACUUCCACCUCAUCACCUGGUCCAUCCCCUUCGUGCUCACCGUGGCCAUCCUGGCCGUGGCGCAGGUGGACGGUGACUCUGUCAGUGGCAUCUGCUUCGUGGGCUACAAGAACUACCGCUACCGAGCCGGCUUCGUGCUGGCCCCCAUUGGGCUCGUGCUCAUCGUGGGCGGCUAUUUCCUCAUCCGGGGGGUCAUGACGCUCUUCUCCAUCAAGAGCAACCACCCCGGGCUGCUGAGCGAGAAGGCGGCCAGCAAGAUCAACGAGACCAUGCUGCGCCUGGGCAUCUUCGGCUUCCUGGCCUUCGGCUUCGUCUUCAUCACCUUUGGCUGCCACUUCUACGACUUCUUCAACCAGGCCGAGUGGGAGCGCAGCUUCCGGGAAUACGUCCUGUGCGAGGCCAACGUCACCAUCGCCACGCAGACCAACAAGCCCAUCCCCGAGUGCGAGAUCAAGAACCGGCCCAGCCUGCUGGUGGAGAAGAUCAACCUGUUCGCCAUGUUCGGCACCGGCGUCUCCAUGAGCACCUGGGUCUGGACCAAGGCCACGCUGCUCAUCUGGAAGCGCACCUGGUGCAGGCUGACGGGGCAGAGCGAUGACCAGCCCAAGAGGAUCAAGAAGAGCAAGAUGAUCGCCAAGGCCUUCUCCAAGCGCAAGGAGCUGCUGCGCGACCCAGGCCGGGAGCUGUCCUUCAGCAUGCACACCGUGUCCCACGACGGCCCCGUGGCCGGCCUGGCCUUCAACAUCAACGAGCCGUCGGCCGACGUGUCCUCGGCGUGGGCGCAGCACGUCACCAAGAUGGUGGCCCGGAGAGGGGCCAUCCUCCCCCAGGACAUCUCCGUGACGCCCGUGGCCACCCCUGUGCCACCAGAGGAGAGGGCCAACCUGUGGCUGGUGGAGGCCGAGGUGUCCCCGGAGCUGCAGCAGCGCGGCGGCCGCAAGAAGAAGCGCAGGAAGAAGAGGAAGAAGGAGGUGACCCCAGACCCCGAGCGCUGCCCCGAGGCCCCCAGCGCCGUCCCUCGCCUGCCCCGCCUGCCCGCCCAGCCCUGCCUGGUGGCCUUUGCCCCCGACGUCCUGCCCGGGGGCCCGUGGGACCGCAGAGCCGACGUGCUGCACGUCAUCAGCAGCCCCUUCUGCCCCGAGGGCCACGAGAGCCCCGGUGCCCGGCGCUGGCAGCACCGCGGGGGCUCCCCGUGGCACCCCCAGCCCGGCCCCCUGCCCCAGCCCGGGCUCCUGCCCCAGCCCGGGCUCCUGCCCCAGGCCGGGCUCCUGCCCCAGCCCGGGCUCCUGCCCCAGCCCGGGCUCCUGCCCCAGCCCGGGCUGCCCAGGACUCAGGGCCCGCGGCCAGCGCUGGCCCCCAUCCACUCCCGGACCUGCCUGGUGGAGGCGGAGCUGCUGGAGCCCGACUCGGACUUCUGAGGGCAGCGGGGAGGGCACGGGGGCGGCGGGGCUGAGACCCCCGGGGAGGGGACGGCAGCGCCCACCCGGGGCCACCGGGACCCUCCCGGUAUCCAUCAGCCUGGCUGCAUCCGAGUUCUCUCUUUGGGGGAUCCAUCUCUGAGAUCCACCUCCGAGUUCUCCCCUCGGGGGCAGGAUCGAGGCUUUGGGAUUCCCUCCUAAACUUUGGGAUUCCCUCCCAGGCUCUGGGAUUCCCUCCCAGGCUUUGGGAUUCCCUCCCAGGCUUUGGGAUCCCCUCCCAGGCUUUGGGAUUCCCUCCCAAACUUUGGGAUUCCCUCCCAGGCUCUGGGAUUCCCUCCCAGGCUUUGGGAUUCCCUCCUAAGAUUUGGGAUUCCCUCCCAGGCUCUGGGAUUCCCUCCCAGGCUCUGGGAUUCCCUCCCAGGCUUUGGGAUUCCCUCCCAGGCUUUGGGAUUCCCUCCCAGGCUUUGGGAUUCCCUCCCAGGCUUUGGGAUUCCCUCCCAGGCUUUGGGAUUCCCUCCCAGGCUCUGGGAUUCCCUCCCAGGCUUUGGGAUUCCCUCCCAGGCUUUGGGAUUCCCUCCCAGGCUUUGGGAUUCCCUCCUAAGAUUUGGGAUUCCCUCCCAGGCUUUGGGAUUCGCUCCCAGGCUUUGGGAUUCCCUCCUAAGAUUUGGGAUUCCCUCCCAGGCUUUGGGAUUCCCUCCUAAGAUUUGGGAUUCCCUCCCAGGCUUUGGGAUUCCAUCCGAGGCUCUGGGAUUCCCUCCCAGGCUUUGGGAUUCCCUCCCAAGCUUUGGGAUUCCCUCCUAAACUUUAGGAUCCCCUCCCAGGCUUUGGGAUUCCCUCCCAGGCUCUGGGAUCCCCUCCCAGGCUCUGGGAUCCCCUCCCAGGCUUUGGGAUCCCCUCCCAGGCUUUGGGAUCCCCUCCCAGCCUUUGGGAUCCCCUCCCAGGCUCUGGGAUCCCCUCCCAGGCUCUGGGAUCCCCUCCCAGGCUCUGGGAUCCCCUCCCAGGCUUUGGGAUCCCCUCCCAGGCUCUGGGAUCCCCUCCCAGGCUUUGGGAUCCCCUCCCAGGCUCUGGGAUUCCCUCCUAAGAUUUGGGAUCCCCUCCCAGGCUCUGGGAUCCCCUCCCCAGGCUCUGGGAUCCCCUCCCAGGCUCUGGGAUCCCCUCCCAGCCUUUGGGAUUCCCUCCCAGCCUUUGGGAUUCCCUCCCAGGCUUUGGGAUCCCCUCCCAGGCUCUGGGAUCCCCUCCCAGGCUCUGGGAUCCCCUCCCUCCAGCUCCCACAGGGAUUUCAGGACCAGGGGGACCCUCGGGGCCAGCCUGGAUCAGGGUAGAUUUGGGGCACUCUGCCCCACACACAGCUAGAGGUACGUAGAGCUCACCCCCACUUGUGCCAAUAGCCAUUUUUUAAACAAUUCUGCUUUUUUUACUGUUUUAUCGUGCCGGGGACGUGGUGCCUGUGCUGGGGUGAGCCCGGCAGGGGCAGCUCUGGUUCCUGCCCCUGGUUUGGGUUCACCCCGACCCCUCCCGAGACCCCCAAGUGCCUUCCAGCCCCCCCAGAGGGCUGAGCCAGACCCAGACCAGGAUUAGUGGGGUGGGGACCACCCUGGGCACUCCUGAGUGAAAAAUAAAACCCCAAAAAACCUCGGGGUGCUCGAGGUGGAGCAGGCUCAGCAACCCCCAGAGCAAAGCUUUUCUUAUUAUUUUUUUAGGAUAAAAUAAAAACCAAGAAAAAUAAAAAUCAACUCACAGCAAACCCAGCGGAGCCCCGAGGCUCCAGUCCCUGCUGGUGUUUGGAUUUUUUCCUAUUUUUAUUAAAUCCUGGUAGGCUCCUGGCUUUUUUUUUUUUUAAUUAUUAUUAUUAUUUUCGCUCUCCCAGUGACCUCCACGGGUUCAUUUUUGCUGUGUAAAGGAACAAACCCCUCCUGUAUCAGUAUUAAAUUUACAGAUUUUCAAUCCCA